CCCAAAGCAAAAAUUUUUAAAACUUUUAGAUUCUAUAAGUAUUUGGUGGCAAUGAAAGGUACAGCGGGUAAGGACGCAGCGUGUGACUAUCACUCGCUGACCAGCAUCCGAGGCUUGGAAUGGUUGCAAUUGCGGAAAAAGUGUAGCGACUUAAACCUGGAAGGAAUCGACGAUCGCCACCGAGUACGCGCUGCAAUAUUUAAUUUUGCUCGCUUUAUUAUAUUCAUGGAAGUGAUGUUGACUGUUCAUAUAAUACUAAUGUUCGUCAUGAUAAAGGAUCUAGUAUGGAUUACUCUGCUGCCCGAAUUUUUAUUGAUUUUAAUUAUGCCGCUCGUUUGGUUGUUAAGCUUUAGAGAUAACGAAAGCUACUACUUCGUCCACUCGAUGUGCAGUUGGAUUACGGGGAUCUUGCUAUCACUAAUGGACAUCACAAAAUCCGUUUUUCGAAAACCCGUGUUUCCCCUGGUACCAUGCUACGAUCAUCUAGUAAUUCUCUCAGUCUACACGAUGCUGCCCGUUGCCUACCAGGGCUAUAAUAGUAUCUAUCUCGGCGCGGCAGUGUCCAUAAUAUACAUCUCCUUUGUUGCUUGGUCGGUCGAUGCCAGGGAAGCUUCAGGGGCAGCGAUCAUUGCAUACUCCUCGUACCUAGUUUUUCUCAAUCUGGUUUUGGUGUUUUUUAUUUGCGCGAGGGAGUACAGGUUUCUGCGCGUCAUACUAACACGAUUUCAGUUAGUCUUUCAGAACAUAGCCUUAAAGGCGGUCAUGAAAAAAGAGAAGGACUUGCUAGAGUCGAUUCUUCCACGUACUAUGGUGCGUACCCUUCAAGAAGAUGUCAAGACCCGUCUCCAAGACGACGAUAACUUCGCACGUAGUGGUUCCAUUACACGAAAAUUAUACAUCGAGCCCUUCCCGGAGGUGUCCAUUCUAGUGGCGGAUAUGGUGAACUAUACGUAUCUAACCACGACACUGGAAGCGUCUGAUCUGGUGGAGAUCCUGCAUGAGCUUUUUGUCAACUUCGACUUGGCAGCCAAGCGAAAUAGGUCGCUUCGCAUAAAGUUCCUGGGCGAUGCCUACAACUGUGUGGCUGGCAUCCCGACCUACUUUCCCACCCACGCCAACAGCUGCGUGGACCAGGCUCUGGAAAUGAUCAGUAUUACCAAGGACCUGAGCCACCGACGCCAUUUGAGCAUUAAUCUGCGCAUUGGAGUUCACUCCGGAGAGUUGCUGGCGGGGAUCAUCGGGCGGAUUAGGUGGCAGUUCGAUAUUUGGUCGAAGGACGUCGAUAUCACCAAUCGCCUAGAAGUGUCCGGGCGUCCCGGAAUGGUACACGUGUCGGCGCGGACGUUGAGGCUGCUGGACGAUCAGUAUUUAUACGAGGAGGGCACCGAAGAGGCCAAUCAGGACCCUAUUUUGAAAAAGGCAAUGAUACACACAUACCUAAUAAGCGGCCGAGUGAACGACAAUAAUUAUGAGUUUACCGAUCCGGAGGAAGAGCUUGUCAGCAGCUCUUCGGUGACCUCCUACCGCUUUAGCCUGGGUCACAUUUUCGAUGACAUCGAGACCAAGACGGUGCGCGAAAUGGUACACGAGGUGGAGAAACUGCCGGUUGGUCGAGAAGACAGAUUCAACUGCAAAGAUAGGGGUGAUCAAAUGGAAAAGCUUACUGAACGGUACAUGUUCAACGGUCAGGUGCACUUCCUUAUUCCGAUAUUUCGCAGCUGGAAGCGGGAGCAGAGGUUCCACAAUCAACCGGACAAUUUAAUCUCAUACAGCAUGGCACUGAUGUUCCUGGGCGGUCUGGUAAUAUUUGUAAUGGGCACUGUCGACAUCUCCAGCAAUGAGCACCUACCGAUACUUGUGGGUUUGCUGUUGACUCUGUUUGUUCUGUGUUUUGUAGCCGCCUACAAAAAGCUGUGGCUGCAAAACCCGCGACACACGGUUUCGGAUUAUCCCUCGUUCUUCCUCAGCCUCUGGCUCUUCAAACUUUCGCAACUCAUUGAGGAUUCUGUGUUUUUUCGAUCGGCACUUGUCAUCCAAGGAGUGAUCCUGCUCUACACUCUUACCUCGCUGCGGGUGUUUGCCUGUGACAUUGCAAAGCUGGAGGUGGAGAUUAUCGUGUCCAAUCUACUGAACGAACAUCCUUUAAUGACUUGCUUUAUGCCCUGGUCUGUGACCUAUGGCGUGACGGUGAUACUCUUCAUCCUUCUCAUAAUCGACGGAUUUCCGUUCUUCCUCAAGCUGAUAGUGGGUGCUAUUCUGGUGGCCUCCCACCUUGGCACCAUCCACGCCUUUUACGGGCUCGCCUUCGAGCGCUCGGAAUCCACAUUCGAGGGUCUUAGGUCGGAUUACGCCCACACGUGGUAUCUCUUGAGCUUUUUUAUAAUUUAUGCGCUGCUGGGGCGCCACUUGGCUUACAUUAAAAAGUCCUGUUUUUUCAUGCGUCUCAGAUACGAGGACAAGCUCAAGGAAACGACUUUUCGGACGCACUCGAUGAAGAUCAUCAUGGCCAAUAUCCUGCCCGCGCAUGUGGCCGAGGUUUUUAAGGAACGCAAUCGCCACGACCAACUAUACUAUGAGAACUUUGACAAGGUUGCCGUGAUGUUCGCCUCUAUAGAGAACUGUGAGGUGGACACGAUGGGGCUGCGAGCACUGCACGAGUUUAUUUGCUUCUUCGACGAUCUGCUCGCCACCUACCACAAUAAGUACAAAAUCGAAAAGAUAAAGGUCAUGGGAUGGACGUAUAUGGUGGCCUGUGGCUUGGAAGUAGACCACGGCGCGGACUCUUCCUUAAAUAUUCCACGGGUGUCCGAGCUGAGCUCCGACCGUCGGCGGUCCAACGUAAGCGUUCGUUUUGGAUCACUUGAGCAAGGGGAGGCGACCUCAGUACACAGCCAGACUAACGAGCACGAUGAUGACGAUAUGGCUGUCAUUGUGAUGGCCGAUUUCGCCCUGGGACUCCUGCGAAUAAUGCGGAAGAUUCAGGAAGCGCUGAAGGGCAACCUCAAAAUUGGCAUCUCGCACGGGGCCGUAAUGGCCGGCGUGGUUGGACUAUCAAAGCCGUACUACGACAUCUGGGGACACACCGUUAACAUGGCCUCCCGGAUGACCAGCACGGGAGUUCUCAACGAAAUCCAGGUAACCUUGAAGACUGCGUUAGUCCUGCGACGCUACAAUAUUCGCUGCAAUUUCCGAGGAAUGACAUUUGUGAAGGGAUUGGGCGAGGUGCCAACUUUCUUGGUUGCCUUGGAACAAGGGCUGGUGUUCCUGCCCAACCACCCUGCAGAACACAACCAGAGCGACUAUAUGCUUUUUGAAAAGCUGAGCCUGAGAUUCGCGCCCAGCUUUGUUGGCCCGAUAUCACCCAGUUCCGGAGUUGGGUUAGAUGAGGGGGAGGAUGAGUUGGAGGAGGAGUCGAUGGAAACAGAUCUCCUGACGGGGGGAAGCGAAAUCAGUGGUGACUGUUAGUGUUUCGAGUUUAUUUAAUAUAUAUUAUAACACAAAAAGACAAUAAAGCAUAGUUCGUACAGUUUACAGCAUAA